GGACGAGAACAUCUAAUGGUCAAUGCAAGAAUUGGAGUUCCUAUCCACGGACGUCAUCACGUUAGUAUUCUGUUGACGUGGCGUAGCUAAACAAACGAACGCCAGUAAACCGGGGGAAGAAUGGAUGUGGCUUAGGUCGUCGACGGAAAAGUGCUCAUGUUUUCAGUGAAAAAUGACUGGGAGAAGCCAGCACUAUGGUUUCCAGUCAGCCACGACGAUGCAGCCUGCCAAUGGAGGACAUGCCUACCUAUUUGGGAACAGCGCUGAGAACGAUCUUGCUGAGGAGGAUGGAGAGAGCUACGAGCUGCGCACCCGAGGCCGGGACCGGAGGAGCACCUCCAGGGAGAAGUCAGAUGACAUUGUCCACCUGGUCCGAGACAUUAAAGAAGGGGACACUCUGAAUAGCUUCUCCCUGCAGUACCACUGCUCAGUAGCAGACAUCAAGAGGGCCAACAACCUGUUGACAGAGCAGGACUUCUUUGCGCUGAGAUCCAUCAAGAUCCCUGUGAAACGUUUCAGCGUGCUGACAGAGACCCACAACACUGCUCCUCUCAAAUCUGCUUCCCCCACAGGCCACCGACGCAUCCACCAGCCCCCCAUCUCCACAGAGACUUGCACAGACUCCUCGUCCACAGACAGUGUGGGCAGCUUCCUGCAGGAGAAGGACAAGGACAUUGAGCUGCUGGUCAAGUCCACUGGCACCUCCAGAAGCAGCCUGAACGAGGUGGUCUCCUCCCUGACCCUCCAGCAGCCCCUAUUACCGGGGGAGCCUGACUUCAAGCCUAUCCUCAGGAAGGACCCCUACCAUGGGGCAGACUGGGGCAUGAGGUGGUGGAUGGCGGUGGCCAUCAUGGUGGUGGUUGGCAUCGUCACACCAGUGUUCUACCUGCUGUAUUACGAGGUGCUGAUGAAGGUGGACGUGAGCCAUCACACCACCACGCCAUUGGCCAAUCCGAAUGGCAUGCAGAAUGCCCAGAUGCCUGAGCCUGUGGCAAUCAAUGGAGGGCCCAACUCAAGACCUCACGCUGGAAACGUACCUAAACCAGACUCACAUGGACACAAUGUGGAUGACCACCUUGGCCCCAAGAAAGAGAAAACGUAGUGAGGGUGAGUCACACUUAAGGAGUGGGAGAUAUUUCUGAGCAGUUCUAUAUGGUACAAUUUCUGAGAAUAACUUUAUGGGGAACAGAAUCCAUUGGAAAAUUAUGGAGGGGAAUAAUUUUCCGUGGGCAUACAGUAUGUAUGUUUUUAAAAAGUUUUUAAAGCACUUUUUCUGUUUGUUGCACAGAGGUACCCAACUGCUUACUGUCCCCUUUGUGAGCUGUUGGAACUGUUUCUGUAACGCUGUCUAAAGGGUUUGUGCUAUCUGGGAUACUUGGGAUGUCCCUACCCCUUAAGUUACCAUAUGAGGUUUCAACUUUAAUGGGUUGAUGUCAGAGUUGGACAUCCCAAUGACCCUGUCUGUCUAAAGUGAGGGUUAUUUUCCUGGUCAGAAAAGUACUGAUUGCUGCCACUUAUCAAUGGCAGUAAUUUGAGGAAUAUUGGUCUUAUACUUUCAGUAUUGUCUAAAAUGUGUUACAAAUCUUGAACAUUGCUUGUAUAUUUUUUUUGCCUGUCCAGGGAGACCUGUAUUUUGACUCAAACUAUAUUUCUACUUAGGGCAUGGUGACAAAACAGGAAAUGCACAAUAUUCCCAAACACUAGCUUGCUAUAUUCUAGUUCCUUUUCCUCAUAUCCAUUUAAUAAAAUCAUGUAACAAACAGUAUGUGCCUUCAACUUGUGGGACACUACAAAAGGCUGAAAAAUUAGUAUAUUUUGAAUAAAUUAGAUGCUCAGACUUUGCAUGUUUGUUUAAUUUGUUUAUACACUUAUUUACAAAAGAGCCACUUACAGUAUUUAAACUCAAACUCACUUCAAAUCACACAAGCACAUCUUGAUGAUUCUCACAUUGUAAAUGUAGGUUCAAACAAAAUGUGAACUUGAUGACAGUGUUAGUCAUAUAGCCAACAGCUAUUUGGUAAACAAUAAAUCAUGAUUUGCAGGGGGAAAUGUGUUUAGAAGAGUGACAGUCAACAUUCUGGCUUUUUAAAUACUGUAUGCUCUUGAGAUAACAUCCAUACAGUUGAGGUUAAUAUGUGGCUCCUUCAUCCAUGUUCUCAUCACUGCCGGCACCAAAAUCAUCACCAUCUUCAAAGUAGCUGGCAAUGUAGUCAUUUUCCUACAAAAAGGCAAGUGUUAAUUGUGACAUUCCCCAUUGGUGUGUGAAUGCCCUUAAAAAAACAAUAUUGCCAUUUUGUAACUGUAGUCGGCUGGUAUUUUGGAUACAGUAAUUGCAGAAUAACUGCAGUUACACAUUACUGUAAACCACUUUUGGAUGCAAUAUUUUCAGCAUUUUGCAAUUGGACUGCAAUCUUUUAGUAAGGGUGCUAUGUGCAUAGGUACUGGAGCUAUUACAUUUGUCAUUUAUACUGAACAAAAAUAUAAAACGCAACAUGUAAAGUGUUGGUCCCAUGUUUUCAUGAGCUGAAAUAAAAGAUCCCAGAAAUAUUC